CUGUAGUGUGUAUGUGCGAACCGGGUUGAAGAGCACUUCGCCGGGACAGAGGUGGGGCAGACGAACAGACAAGGAGAGCAUUUAAAAGAGUCGGAGAGAGAGAGAGAGAGAGAGAGAGAGAGAGAGAGAGAGAGAGAGAGAGAGAGAGGGGAUUAGGUCGAGAUUGUGGGUAGUGUGCGCUAAGCGGGUGGGUGGUGUAGUGGUAGGUGGAAGAAACUAUGGCGGUCCUUCAACUAGGACGUGGAUAUGAUAGGUUCGAGGCGGAAGUUGCUGCGUAUGCCUUCAUUCGAGCGCUCGAUGCAUUGGUUAGCGACGACGAGAAGGCGGUGGCGCUUGGCACGACCUGGAACCCUGCCGCAGCUCUGGAGGCAAAUCAAGAUCAAGCGGUUGCAGAGCUAAUCCGAUACACGGCGUACCCGUCCUUCUCAGAGCGCCGAGCCAUGGUGGAGACGGCCGCGACCCUCCACGGUCGGGAUAUCGUCGAUGAAGUGAGGCGGAAGACGAGCGGCGAUUUCCAGAAGGGUUUGUUGGCGCUGGUGGAAUCCCCGGCGAUCCGCGACGCGGAGUGGAUUCACAAGUCGGUAUCGGGAUUGCUGAAUAGGAAAGGGACCGCGAGGGAGAUCCUUUGCACCCGGACGACCUAUCAGCUACGCGCCAUCGCCGACGCUUAUUACCUCAAGCACGGAAAGGAUAUGGUGUCGGAUGUAUUGGGCGCGUUUUCGGGGAAAGAGCGCAAGUUGUACGAGCGAUUGCUGACCUUCGAUCGAGUGGAAUCGCAUCAUGCAGAUCGCGACCAGGCUCGGAUACUCGCCCAGGCCCUUUAUGAGGCUGGGCCUGCAAGAUGGGGUGCAGAUGAGGGCACGUUCAUCGAUAUAUUGACCACCGAAAGUGCCGAUACAAUUAGAGCUGUGUUCAGAGAGUACGAGGCCUUGUACGGAACGAGUUUGUUCACGGUGAUGGACGAUCAAUUCUCGGGGAAUUUCGAGAAAGACCUGCUCAUGCUCAGCAAAUUUCUGCUGGAGCCUGCAAAGGCUUUUGCUGACAUCAUCCACAAAGCGCUGACUGGGCUGCGAACGGAUGGAGGAGAUUUGGUCAGGGCGAUCAUCGCGCGCAAGGACAUGGAUUUAUGGCAGAUCAAGGAGGCGUACGAGCUUCACCAUGGAUCGUUGAUGCGUAAGGUGGAAUCGGCGACCUCAGGCGACUUCCGCAGCCUGCUAAUGGCUGUGAUCGCCAGCGUGGCAUGAGCUGCGCGCCGCCGGGAUUGCCGGCGUGGCAUGAGCCGCGCGCCACCGCGAU